CAUCACAACGGUCAACCUGUUGAGCACUCUGAUUGGACGAGAGCGACCCUGAGGGCGACAGAGACACGUGUUACCACAAAGACAACAAGUCCUCUUCAUCUUCGUCAUACCUGCACAACGGGCAGCGCGUCCAUGAGCUCGUUGAUCCGCGUCGGGCUCGGAAUCUCCUUCAGGAAACGGUUUAGUGAGACAAAAAAAGGGGGCAGAGCCACGCGUGAAGCGCAGUAAACAGAAGAAGAAGAAGAAGAAGGACCGUGUGCAGAGCAGAGUUCGGAUCUCAGACCCGCACCGCUGGGUCUUCUUCGGUGAACCCGUCAUUAGAUCUACUGCAUGUCACGUGAAGCUCAACAGCAUUAUUACUGUAAAAUAAUGUGACCAAUGCUUCAGCCAUGUUGAGACCUCUGAAGAUUGCCCAUCUAUCGGCCAGAUGCUCCUCAACCUUUGUCUCCAGGAUGAGGUAUGCAAACAGGUUAAAGGUGGAUGAUGAAGCGUUGGCUGCAGCACUGGAGAACGGUCACAUGCUCCUGUUCCAUCGCCUGUGUCCUCUGCUGCAACGCGGCCCGCGGGGAUCCUUCAGGGCGGCUACGCUGAUCACCUCAGAUGUGCAGUCCAUCCUGGAGAGACUAGGUUCUGACAGAACCCUGAUGAAGGAGUCGAUUUUGCUGGGCUGCUCCGAACAGAACCAGGCCCAGUUCUGUCUGGACGUCGGAGAACUGCAUCAGGCGGCAGUAGAAGAAGAGUGCGGAGGACGCUUCAUCAGUCUGAAGAAGGCCUUCUUUCUGCUGACGGGACCAGAGGCGCCUCUCGUGGCCAAGGGUCAGGCUCUGCUGCGCUGGCAUCAAACCAACAGCUUCUGCAGCGCCACAGGUGAGCCGACCCAACGCAACCCGGCAGGAAGUCAGAGGGUUUGCAACAGCUCCGGCCGAGUCUACUAUCCUACGAUGUCUCCGGUGGUGAUCGUCCUGGUGUCAGAUGGGAGCCGGUGUUUGUUAGGACGCCAGGCCUCCUUUCCCCCAGGGAUGUACAGCGCUCUGGCUGGCUUCUGUGAGAUGGGUGAGACUCUGGAGGAGACCCUGAGCAGAGAGGUGGCGGAGGAGGUUGGUCUGGAGGUCCUCGAGGUUUCCUACAGCUCCUCUCAGCACUGGCCAUUUCCUCACAGCUCCUUCAUGAUGGGCUUCCACGCCUCAGUGAGCCCCGCCCACACCCAGGUGUCAGUAGACCACACGGAGCUAGAGGACGCUCGCUGGUUCAGUGCGGAGGAAAUCACCUCCGCCCUGAAGGCUCCGCCCACCAGAGGAAACCCCGCCCCCGGCUUCUGGCUCCCUCCGAAACACGCCAUCGCCAACCGCCUCAUCGCAGAGUGGAGCCAGCGAGCCCGCCCAUGUGACCAUGUGACACCUAGAACCACCUGAACUCUGCAUCACGGAACAUCAGUUCUUCAUGAACUGAUGACACGUUUUAAUGGAGACUAAAAAUAAAGCUCUGGAUGAGUCA